AUGCAUGCGAUCAAAGACUUUUUUCUUUGUUUUCUCUUCCAUUUAAAAGAUUGGGUUGCUCCAGUUAAGCCCGAAGUAGUCAUCAGAGCUGUGCAAAAGAACUCAGCGUUCUUCAAAAACCAGAGCAUGCUGAAGCACUUCGCUAAUGUUGCCGGAGUGGCCAAAUGGUUCCCCCAUCGGGUACUUUCUGGUAAUCACGGUCACUGUCUCAGCCAAAGGCGUUAUUCUUCUUCGAAAUCCGAUCUGGAUGUCAUCAUCAAAAAGAUGAAGUUUCGAAGAUAUAGAUGCUUUGAGAAGCUCGAAGAGCCUGCAUCUGGUUUGGAACCGCUGAGGACUAUGUAUGAAGAACUAGAUGCCGUUCAUGUUCGAAAGCGUCAACCGCACGUGUUAUUUCUGAGAAGUGAACUUGUUCUUCAGAGGCUGGAGUACCUUAAGCCGCCAGGGUUAUUAGCUCGACAGAAAAGGAAGCUCUUGGAAAGAUCUCCCCCGGUUCUUGUACUCGCUGAAGAUUCUCAAAAAAGAGGGGGGCUAAAUUAUCUCAGAGGAGUUAUUCGUGUCCAGAAUGACGGCUUAGCGGAGAAAGUACAUUUGAUGCAUCCAUGUUCUAGACUGCUAGUGAUGCGAACGUUUGAUCUUGAGAAUCGUGUUAAGUUUAUCAUGGAAGAGCUGCGAAUGGCUCAGCGAUCAGCCUUGAAAAUGCUGCUCGAACUUCCAAGCUUUUUGCUACAUUCUAUUCCAGACAAGUGUGUUGUCCUACACAAGUAUGAUCUCCCUGAGGGCUACAGCUUAGAUCAGCAUACAGCCAAGGUCUUCCCCGCUGUUUUAUCAAACAACAUUGAAAUCAAUCCAAGAUUAUUCAGAAAGGAUUCUGAUGAGAAACUGGCUCAGAGUUUUCCAAAAUUGAUGCUUGCUGAUUUGUUAGAUUAUUCUUUUGCAAAGCAGUUUGGAGAAGGACAGCCAGAGGAUCUCACUAAGUUUCUCAUCAAUGCUGAAAAGAGAGAACUCCGUGAAAAGUAUAACAAAGUCUUGUAA